CAUAGGCUCUUCUGUGCAGACAUUCUCUCUCAUCAGCACGCCAACAAGAAGUAAUCUCAGCGACCUCCCGUUCACAGUAUUUAGGAGUUUCCCGCGCUCAAAACCCUGGUAAGCCUUGCGAGACCCACUCAGGCCCAACGGAGAUAAGCAGAUAGCUACAAGUAUGCUGAACCGUGCUGUCUUCUGCAUCAUGUGUGUCAAAGAAGUCGUUUUCUUCUCUCAUAUAUUCUCCUAGAGAGAUUGUUCUUCUAAGCAUCGUAGCAAUUGAGGCUGAUUUUGCAGCAGGGUAGGCUAGUUCGCGAGGCUACUAUCAUCGAAUCAUCAUGCCGCUUUCAUUGCCUACCUUCAGUUCUCUCCAGAAUGUCUACUCGAGAGCAUCUCCCCUCACACAAAAUACAACAACAGCGAUGCCACCCCAAAGGACUCCGUACCAAGCGCGACAAGAGCUCUACGGCGCUCUAAGCGUUGCCGACGAUGCCAAAGCCAAAGCAACGCAGGCUUCUGAUAUCGCCCAGCAGAAAGUCGAGAAAGCUAGUAGUGCUGCACAGGCCAAGGUUGGAAAGAUUGAGAUGUACAGUUCUAAGUUCUAUGCCACAUGCACACUGGGUGGUCUCAUGGCUUGUGGUCUUACACAUGCGGCAGUCACACCACUGGAUUUGGUGAAAUGUCGUCGUCAAGUAGAUUCUAAGAUGUACAAAGGUAACUUUGAGGCUUGGGGCAAGAUCUCGCGUGCUGAGGGUGUACGGGGUAUCUUCACUGGUGCCGGGCCUACUCUUGUUGGAUACUCGUUCCAAGGUGCCUUCAAGUAUGGAGGAUACGAGUUCUUCAAGAAGUACUACUCCGAUCUGGUCGGCGAGGAGAAUGCAGUCAAAUACAAGAGCGCAGUCUACCUUGCUGGCAGUGCCUCUGCCGAGUUCUUCGCCGACAUCGCUCUAUGUCCAUUCGAGGCCGUAAAGGUCCGCAUGCAAACCACCAUUCCACCAUUUGCGAACGGCACUAUACCUGGUCUGACCAAGAUCAUCAGCGAGGAGGGUGUCGGGGGAUUGUACAAGGGCAUUACGCCUCUCUGGGGCAGACAGAUUCCAUACACCAUGAUGAAGUUCUUUUCAUUUGAGAAGACUGUUGAAGCAAUUUAUGACUACUUGCCGGGGAGUAAGAACGACUACAGUGGAGCGGCGCAAACGGGUGUGUCGUUCCUUGGGGGCUACAUUGCUGGUAUUGCGUGUGCGAUUGUCAGUCACCCGGCAGACGUGAUGGUGUCGAAGUUGAAUGCGGACCGCAAGGCAGGCGAGGGUUUCGGCGCUGCUGUGGGACGCAUCUACAAGAAUAUCGGCUUUGGCGGCCUGUGGAACGGUCUGCCCGUCCGUAUCGUCAUGAUUGGAACUUUGACUGGAGCGCAGUGGCUUCUCUACGAUUCGUUCAAGAUGUUUAUGGGUUUACCAACGACUGGAGGUGCACAGGAACAAGAGAAGAAAUGAGAUAUGCAUGUCCGGAAAGGACUUUACGCAGAGAUGUCUUGCUUGUGUCGUAUUGUAGAAUAGAUGCCAUUCCCGUACUUGAGGAUGGUCGUCAACCAUAUCAUUCCCUUUUCCUACUUUAAGCCGGAACAUUCCCAGGAUUCUAUCGCUCUAUCGUACACUCACAACCAUACACACAUCCGCAACACGAACAGUAAGCAUCCACGAAUAAGCCAAUCUAUUCCAAGUGGGCCCUAAGCCAUUGGUUCCCGCCGCCGCUCGCGUGGGUUGGUAGCCAUGUCCCCGUAUCUCUCAGCCACACAUGUUAGUAGUAGGCAUGGCUACGGGCAAAAGUGUG